UCAGUCGAGAUUGUAUACGCGAGCAUCGUACAGUGUUUACGUGUUACCUAGUCUUUUGGUGCUGUGAACUGUUAUAUAUAUGUUAUAUAGUGAACGCGUUUAUAUUGAGUGUUGAAGGAUGAAAUGAAGGGAAGAUCCACGCGAUCGCCGAGGAUACUGCCUGUUAUAUUAGGGAAAGUGUUUCUACGCUGGGUGUUCACUAAAGCCGAUUUGGUGUUUUUCAUUUAUCGCGUAUUUUGGUAUGCGUUCCACUCCCGGUCAUCGAUGAAUAGCAGCGUAGACUUUUUCGAGAGCCUCAUCGAUGAAGAUGGACGUUUCGCAGAGCUGAACUGCCAGGAGACAUCGCAGCGAGUUCACAGGCGACGGAACAACGUUGUGCAACGAGCCAGGCCGUUGGUGCAAGCAGAAAAUAUUAACAAUGGUGGCGGGUUGUCAUUGUCGCCUCCUCACACAAUAUCUCAACGGGAGACAGGGACUCAAGUGUCACAAUGCUACAGCGGACCACCUUCCCCGUGUGGGUCAUCGAGCUUGGCUCCAUCACCUACAGUAUCCCCCGCACCUCCCCCUGGGACAGCAACCUUGGACCCCAACUGGCAAGCUACAAAACCCACAGUCCGAGAACGAAAUGCAGCAAUGUUCAAUAAUCAGUUAAUGGCUGAUAUCACAUUCAUUGUUGGUGGACCAGGACACACACAAGUAAUACCAGCCCAUAAAUAUGUUUUAGCGACUGGCAGCUCAGUAUUUUAUGCUAUGUUUUAUGGAGGCUUGGCGGAAUGUAAACAAGAAAUAGAAGUGCCAGAUGUUGAGCCAUCAGCAUUCCUAAUAUUAUUAAAGUAUUUAUACUGUGAUGAAAUACAGUUAGAGGCAGAUACAGUUUUAUCAACAUUGUAUGUUGCUAAGAAAUAUAUAGUCCCACACCUAGCAAGAGCCUGCGUUAACUACUUGGAAACUAGUCUAACAGCCAAAAACGCAUGUUUGCUCCUAAGCCAAUCACGCUUGUUUGAGGAGCCAGAACUAAUGCAGAGGUGCUGGGAAGUAAUUGAUGCGCAGGCUGAGAUGGCACUCACUUCAGAAGGUUUUGUUGACAUUGAUGUAUCUACUCUUGAGUCUGUGCUGGCAAGAGAGACACUCAAUUGCAAAGAAAUAAACUUAUUUGAAGCAGCAUUAGCUUGGGCUCAUGCUGAAUGUGUGCGUAGAGAGACAGACGUCACCCCAGCCAACAAGAGAGCCAUGCUCGGCAGUGCCAUAUAUCUAAUCAGAUUUCCAACUAUGACUUUGGAGGAGUUUGCUAAUAGUGCAGCGCAACUUGGCAUACUGACUCCUCAAGAAACGAUAGAUAUAUUUCUACACUUCACUGCAGCGACCAAACCACAACUAUCCUAUCCUAUAAAAGCGAGAGCAGGACUUAAAGCUCAGAUUUGUCACAGAUUUCAAUCCUGUGCAUAUAGAAGUAACCAAUGGAGAUAUAGAGGCAGGUGUGACUCAAUACAAUUUUGUGUUGAUAAACGAAUAUUUGUUGUUGGCUUUGGACUAUACGGAUCGUCAAAUGGUGCAGCAGAUUACAAUGUUAAAAUUGAGCUGAAACGACUAGGACGAGUGUUAGCUGAGAAUAAUACGAAAUUCUUUUCUGACGGAUCGAGUAACACUUUCCAUGUGUACUUUGAGAAUCCAAUACAAAUUGAGCCGGAAUGCUUCUAUACAGCAUCUGCUAUACUAGACGGCAGUGAGCUGAGUUAUUUUGGUCAAGAAGGUCUGAGUGAAGUGUACAUGGGCACAGUGACUUUUCAAUUUCAUUGUUCCUCUGAGAGUACGAAUGGGACGGGAGUGCAAGGAGGUCAGAUUCCUGAACUCAUAUACUAUGGACCCACUGUUAACACUUCCAUGACCAAUACAAAUGCUAUCGAGGACUGACAACUGCUGCGACUGCGACCUCUUAACUAUUACUCCGUAUAAUAAUAAUGAAAAGGCAUUUCAAAUUAGAACUAGACAAACAAGUCUAAUCAAAAUAUUUAUAAAAGUUUUUAAAUUUAAAUCAUUCCCAUGUUAAGUUAUUUUGUUGAUUGUGUAAAUCCUGUGUAUAUUGUUGAGAAAGGAUAAAUGUACCUUAAGAAUGUGAUAUGGGUGUUGUAAAGCUCUCUAGAAGUUUGUAGAUUUAGAAAAAUUGAUAAUGAUAAUAAUAAUGAUAAAUGAUAAUUGAUAAUUGAUAAUUUACAUUGCAAUAAAUAUAACAUUUUAACUAGCUUAA